AUGGGUCGUCGUUCGUCGUGCUCGUCUCAGUCUACCAAGUCGGUCGACAACGACAAGAAGGUCAAGUGCGCGCCCUAUGGCAAAGUGCUGCCGAAGAAGAUGGUUGAAGACGUCACGGUCACGUUCCAGGUUGACCCGGGACAAAGUGUAAGUUUAAGCUUUGUUUUUUUAAUUUUGGGCUGAUGCUGAGCUGGCUUAAUAUUUUAAGAUCAAAGAAUAGGUAAAAAAAGCUAAAAUUAAAUUUAUUUCUGCUUUAGUGUGGUGUUACCCUGAACACCAAGACAAUGAUUGUCACCAAACUUGAGAUGGAGGGCGCUGGCGUAACCAGGAUCGAGUUCGGCGACGUCCUUCUGACAUUGAACGGCGAAAGCUUGUGGAAAGGAUCCAAGGCUAACUUCAGCAAGUUCACCAACUUGUACAAGAAGCUGGCGGCCAAAGGAUUGACCGUAAGUUUUGUUUUGUGAAAUUAAACUUUUUUUUUCGAAAAACGAAAAGGUGUGAUUUUAGUGUGAAGUCACGUUGCUGCGACCGGUCAACGUUCUUCCUCUGGACACCAAGCGUCUUCCCAUGGACCAGCGACGGGAAGGCUUCUCGUACAAGUUGGCCGUUCUGUACCACAUCGAGGGACGGCCAUUGAGUCUUCACGUUGGAACUACGGACAACAAAGUCUAUGUGUUGGAUCUGCACGAGUUCACGUGCGCAGCUCGUUGCUUGGAACUGGGCGAUGCCAUUCUCGAUGUGGACGGCGAAACCGUUUCCAACUCGGCUGAGGUUGCGGAGAAGGUCACGGAACGUGCACAAAAAAAGCCGUUCGUGACUUUUCUCAUCGAGCAGGCGGAGGGUCCCAUUCAAAAGGCUCAAGUGCGCCAGAUUCUGAUGUUUUACAAAGGCAAUCAGACCGAAGUUGAUCCACCGAUGGCGCCGGACGUGGUUGACAUCUGCAAUGGACAACUCGAGAAACUGAAGAAGUGCGAUCCGAAACCCAAAAAGAGCAUCUUGAAGGGAAGGUAGGUUAAAAAAGGUUGUUGAUUUGAAUUAACAUGGUUGGAAACUUGGUAGAUAAAUUUAAAUUUGUUUCUGUAACUUUCGAAAUAGAUUUUGGUUUAAAGACUACGAAUUCGUUUCAACUUACUUUAGUUUUGAAUUUUAGUGAGGAGCCCGGCGGUCACGUUUCGUUCGAGGAGACGGUCAGUGCCCACUCAAUCGUGUCUGAGCGGAACAUCAAGCUCAUGGUCCCAAUCCCUGCUGCCACUCCGGUCGUGAACAACUACCAAAGCUUGGCUGCCCUGGACAAGGGAAAGAACUAG